AUGGCUACUAUUCGUAGUCUUGAUCAUACAAAAUCCGAAGCCGAACUCGCUAUCAAUAUCAGAAAAGCCACCAACGCAGAAGAGACGGCACCGAAACGCAAACAUGUCCGGAGCUGUAUCGUCUAUACCUGGGACCACAAGUCCUCCCAGUCCUUCUGGUCUGGUAUGAAAGUGCAACCCAUCCUUGCCGACGAAGUCCAGACCUUCAAAGCCUUGAUUACCAUCCACAGAGUCUUACAAGAGGGGCACCCCCAAACUUUGAGAGAGGCCAUGGCCAACCGAUCUUGGAUUGAUAGUCUCAACCGAGGUCUAGCUGGCGAGGGCGUUCGCGGAUAUGGCCCCCUGAUUCGAGAAUAUGUCAAGUUCCUACUCACGAAGCUAUCCUUCCACCAGCAGCACCCCGAAUUCAACGGUACUUUCGAAUACGAAGAGUAUGUCAGUCUGAAGGCGAUUAACGAUCCCAACGAAGGCUACGAAACAAUUACCGACCUCAUGUCUCUCCAGGAUAAGAUCGAGCAAUUCCAGAAACUCAUAUUUUCGCAUUUCCGAAACGUGGGCAACAACGAGUGCAGGAUCUCAGCUAUUGUUCCUCUAGUGCAAGAGAGUUACGGAAUCUACAAAUUCAUUACCAGCAUGUUGCGAGCUAUGCAUUCGACAACUGGCGAUAACGAUGCGUUGGAGCCCCUGAGACAACGUUACGACGCACAGCAUUAUCGACUGGUUAAGUUCUAUUACGAAUGCUCAAACCUACGAUAUCUGACGAGCUUAAUCACGAUUCCAAAACUGCCACAAGACCCCCCUAAUUUGCUAGCCGAAGACGAGAAUGCGCCUGCGCUACCGGCUCGCCCAAAGCAGGAGAUCGAGCGCCAACCGACCCCCGUACGCCAGCCCAAAUCCGAGGAACCUGAUGAGAUUGCAGAAUUCUGGCAGGGCGAGAUCGAUCGACAGAAUAAGGAGUACGAGGAACAGCAAAGAGUAUUACAGGAACGUCAACAAGCAGCUCUUCGCGCUCAACAAGAUGCCCAAAUGCAAGCUCAACGAGAUUUUGAAGAACAACAAAGGCAGUUAGCAGAGCAGCAACGUAGAGAGCAGGAAGCGUUGAUAGCUCAACAGGCCCAAUGGCAAACGCAAGGACGGCUGGCCGAACUUGAGCAGGAGAACUUGAACGCCAGGGCGCAGUACGAGCGUGACCAGCUAAUGCUACAACAAUACGAUCAGCGAGUGAAAGCACUUGAGAGCGAGUUAGGGCAAAUUCAGCACAACUUUGGGGCACAGAUCACUAGCAAGGACGACCAAAUCCGGGCACUGCAAGAGCAGGUUAAUACGUGGCGGACGAAGUAUGAGGCUUUAGCAAAGCUUUACUCGCAACUUCGCCAUGAACAUCUCGAUCUCCUUCAGAAGUUCAAGUCAGUCCAGCUUAAAGCCGCAUCCGCCCAGGAAGCCAUUGAAAGGCGUGAGAAGCUAGAGCGCGAGAUCAAGACGAAGAACCUCGAGCUAGCAGACAUGAUUCGGGAGCGAGAUCGAGCUCUUCAUGAUAAGGACAGAGUAUCCGGUAGUAAUAAGGAAGAAGUUGAGAAGUUGAAGCGAGAGUUGCGCAUGGCACUUGACAGAGCUGACAACCUCGAGAGAAGCAAGGGUAAUGAGUUGUCUACCAUGUUGGCCAAAUACAACAGGGAGAUGGCAGAUCUGGAAGAAGCUCUGCGAACGAAGUCGCGCGCCUUGGAAGAGGCCCAGGCUAAGGUUCGGGAUGGUAGUUCUGAUCUUGAGCAAUUGCUCCGCGAUAAGGAGGAAGAGCUUGAGGUUUACAAGGCUGGUAUGGACCAGACUUUGAUCGAGCUGAACGAGCUGAAGCAGAACCAAGGCGAUACAGACCAGGUCAUAGACGGCCAAAUCGAUGCGCUGAUUAUGGCAAACCUCGACAAGAUCAACGAGAUCAUUGAUUCUGUGUUGCAAGCGGGUGUUGUUCGAGUAGAUGAUGCCUUGUAUGAACUAGACUCAACGAUGCAAGCUGGUAAUCAGAAUGCGUCGCCGACAUACGUGCUAUCUACAGUCGAAAAGGCCGUGUCGAGCGCGACAGAAUUCGCGACCUCUUUCAGCAAUUUCAUUGCUGAUGGGCCAAAUAACAACCACGCAGACUUGAUUAAGGCAACCAACGCCUUUGCUAGUGCUACAGCAGAGAUAUGCAGUAACACGAAGGGUUUGACUCGCCUAGCAUCUGACGAGAAAAAGUCGGACCAGCUUUCCAAUGGCGCACGCGCAGCCGCUCAGUCUACCGUCAAGUUCUUCCGCAGCCUCCAAAGUUUCCGACUGGAGGGCAUGGACCCCUCACAGAAGACUGAUGUUCUCGUCAAUGGCAACAGCGAUGUUCGCCUGAACCUGCAGAAGUUGACUCACCUCAUCGAAGCCUUCGCACCAGGCUUUGGCAAAUUAGCCAACAACAAGGGCGAUUUGGGUGACCUUGUCGACUCAGAGCUAAGCAAGGCAGCAGAUGCUAUCGCAGCUGCAGCUGCUCGCCUUGCGAAACUAAGGAACAAACCCCGAGACGGGUACUCGACCUACGAACUUAAGGUUCACGACUCGAUUCUCGAUGCGGCUACGGCAGUCACCAAUGCCAUUGCUCGUUUGAUCAAGGCUGCUACCGCCACACAACAAGAAAUCGUCCAGGCGGGCCGAGGAACGUCCUCGAGAACUGCUUUCUACAAGAAGAACAACCGAUGGACAGAGGGUCUCAUUUCGGCGGCCAAGGCUGUUGCCACGUCGACUAAUACGCUCAUUGAGACUGCUGAUGGUGUUCUAUCAGGCCGUAACAGCCCCGAGCAGCUUAUCGUCGCCUCGAACGACGUGGCGGCCUCGACUGCCCAGCUUGUUGCAGCUAGCCGUGUUAAGGCUGGCUUCAUGAGCAAGAGCCAAGAGAGUCUCGAGCAAGCUAGCAAGGCUGUCGGUGCUGCCUGCAGAGCGCUUGUCAGACAAGUGCAGGCUAUGAUCAAGGACCGCAACGCGGAAGAUGAAGGGGUGGAUUAUGCUAAGAUGAACCCGCACGAGUUCAAGGUUCGGGAGAUGGAACAGCAGGUCGAAAUUCUACAGCUCGAGAACUCGUUAGCUGCGGCAAGAGUGCGGUUAGGAGAAAUGCGCAAGAUCUCAUACCAAGAGGACUAG